CAUGACUGGACUCUUCCUGACCAAGUCAGGACGUACCCUCACCAUGUGGCUCUACCUGGUGGCCCUUGUGGGCCUGUUCUACCUUGUGCGCUGGUACCGGGAGAGGCAAGUGGUGAGCCACCUCCAAGAAAAGUACGUGUUCAUCACGGGUUGUGACUCGGGCUUUGGGAACCUGCUGGCCAGACAACUGGACGCGCGAGGCUUGAGGGUGCUGGCUGCGUGUCUGACGGAGAAAGGGGCUGAGCAGCUGAGGAACCGGACGUCAGACCGGCUGAAGACAGUGAUCCUGGAUGUCACGAAGACAGAGAACAUCGCUGUAGCCACCCAGUGGGUGAAGGAGCACGUGGGGGACAAAGGACUCUGGGGCCUGGUCAACAAUGCAGGCUGUGUUCACCCACUUGGCUACACUGAGUGGCAGAGACCUGAGGACUCCAUGACUGUCUUCAAAGUGAACCUCAUUGGCUUGAUGGAGGUGACCAUGAGCAUGCUUCCCAUGGUGAGGAGAGCACGGGGGAGGAUUGUCAAUGUCUCCAGCAUCCUGGGAAGAAUUGCUUUCUCUGGAGGAGCCUACUCUUCCUCAAAGUAUGGAGUAGAAGCCUUUUCAGAUGUUCUGAGGCGUGAGCUUCAACAUUUUGGGGUGAAAAUCAGCAUGGUUGAACCUGGCUACUUCAGAACGGGAAUGACAGAUGUGCAGCAGUCCUUAGAGAGAGGGAGGCAAGUCUGGGAUGAAGCCCCUGUGCACAUCAAGGAGGCCUAUGGACAGCAGUUCUUUGAUGACUAUUACAAUGACAUGAAAAAACAGCUAUCGAAGUGUAGCACAAACCUGUACCUGGUCACCGACUGCAUGGAGCAUGCUCUGACAUCUGUACAUCCCCGCACUCGAUAUUCAGUUGGCUGGGAUGCUCAGUUUUUCUUCAUCCCUCUAUCUUAUUUACCAACAUCACUGGCAGACUACAUAUUGACAAGAUCUUGGCCCAAACCCGCCCAGGCUGUCUAAAGAAAAUUGGUUUGGUGGCUCUUGGAAUGAAGACAAAAAUCUGAAAUUGGUUGUUAAUUGUCUCAGUGAUCUUUAUUUAGAACCUAUUGUUUUUGUAACAAUAGCUUUCUUG